CACUUGCAUCUCUAGGGUUUCUUUCACUUUCCCCUUUUUCCUUUCCUUUGAAAGAAAAAUCAAAAUUAGGGUUUGACAAUAGGUCAUGGGUUCUCUCGCCGUAACGGGCGAGGAGAUGUUACAGAUGAGUUUCGAUGAUUUUCAGAAACAAACUACUCUGAUGACAAAUUGUACUCUACUAUGGAAGGAAUUAUCUGAUCAUUUUACUACAUUAGAACAAGAUCUUAAGAAGAAAUCCGAAGCUAUUCAAGAGAAAAUUCAGUCUUUAGCUAAUGAAACUAAAGAAACUUUAGAUGUUCUUACCGAAAGAGAAGUUACGAUUGAAGGAAAUGUUAAGAUCGAAAUUGGUAAAGUUGAAAAACGUAAAGAGGCGGCGUUGUUCGCUUUCGAAAAUGAAGACACUCAAGUGUUCGAUGAUGGAGUCGUGGAUUUGUUGGGUAAGUUGAAAUCUUUUUGUGUGAAAAUGGAUUUUAGAGGGUUUUGGAAAUUUGUGAUUGUAAGGAAGAAAGAACUAGAUGUACUUCGAGUUCAGAUCCCGUUGGCGUUAUCUGAUUGUAUCGAUCCAGCCAAAUUUGUGUUGGAAGCCAUUUCUGAAGUGUUUCCAGUUGAUAAGAGACAAGUGAAGAGUGAUGAGAAAACAAUUGAUUUAGGAUGGGCUUGUGUUUUGCUUCUUGAAUCACUUAUACCAGUUGUUGCUGAUCCGGUGUUUGGGAAUACCAGACCUAUGGUGACACCAACUAUGAAGAAAAAAGCUCAAAAAAUUGCUGAUGUUUGGAAAGAGAGUUUGGAUCAACGUGGGGGUAUUGAGAAUGUAAAGACUCCGGAUGUGCACACUUUUUUGCAGCACUUGGUGACGUUUGGUAUCGUUUCCAAGGAAGAUGGGAUAUUUUACCGUAAACUUGUGUUGAGUUCUGCUUGGAGGAAGCAGAUGCCUAAGCUUGCUGUUUCUCUUGGUCUUGGUGAUAAUAUGCCUGAUAUGAUUGAAGAAUUAAUAAGCAAGGGGCAACAGGUUGAUGCGGUGCACUUCACUUAUGAAGUGGGUCUAGUGGAUAAGUUCCCUCCAGUUCCCUUGCUGAAAGCUUAUCUGAAUGAUUCAAAGAAGGCUGCUACUUCUCUAAUGGAAGAUCCGAACAAUGGCAAAGCUGCGCACCUAGCUGGGCGCAAAGAACAAUCGGCACUUCGAGCUGUCAUCAGGUGCAUUGAGGAAUACAAGCUUGACGCUGAGUUCCCUGCUGAAAGCCUUAAGAAGCGUCUUGAACAACUAGAGAAGACCAAAGUGGAGAAGAAAAAGCCAGUUGUGGUCCCUGCCAAUAAGAGAACACGAGCUAACAACAAUGGAGGCCCCAUGCCUCCUGCCAAGGCUGGUAGACUUACAAAUGCUGCUUAUGUCUCUUCUUUCCCGGCCAGUACCACCACAUACAUCCGGUCACCAACCCAUGUUCCAUAUCCUGCUGGGGUCCCAACUUACACAUAUGAUAAUAGGGCCACUGGUCCUGCCAUGUACGGUAGCAGAAGCCCACCUUGCGUCCGAGACCCUUAUGGAUAUUCUCCAGAACACUCUUCCCCUGUCAUGAUGACUUCUCCGUUCACAGGACCCGCCUUGAGUUAUCCAGCAUAUGGAGGAUAUAGCAAUGGUGUACCAGUGUAUCAGCAGACAUAUUACCGAUAAGGAGAAAGGUGUUUGAUCAUACUUCAUGAUAUCAGAAUUUCUUGACUGGAUAUUAUAGCUCGAUCAGGAUGGUAACACUGAUGAUGACCCCAAGAAACUCAUUUGAUCUGAAGAAAGGAAAAGACUCGAAAAACAGUCUAUUUGUAAUCUCUAAGUCCUAACCACGAAUUUUAGCAAAAUGUGGGUGUGUUGUUGUUGUUGUUGAAUGUUUCCCAGGUUAUAGUUGGAACUUGUAGCUAAUAUAGGUCGCUGUGAAAAGUAAUCAGUUUAAGUUAAUUUUUAACUAUGUUGUAGACUAAAUGCUAAAGAACUGGAAAACUGGUUUAGUUUGAUCUGUAGCUAAGAAUCUUGGUGAAGCUUACUGCAAUCAAGUCUUGAACCAUUCUCCGAUUAUAUUAGGAGCCAUUCCCAGCUGUCUCAUGCUA